AUGGCAGGAAAUCACCUCUUUGCGGUCAACGCCGGGUCCAACACAGUCUCCAUGUUUGCCAUCAACCCGCAAAAUCCCUCACAGCUGGCUCUCGUGGGCAAGCCUGCGGCAGUCCCUGGAGAGUUCACAAACACCGUUGCUGCUUCGGCCAAGAACGCCAUGGUAUGUGUUGGUGCAACUGGUGCUGCAGCCGGCAUCUCAUGCGCCAACUUCGAUGCUCAAACCGGCAUUGGCAAGAUGGACCAGCUCCGGGAGUUCGAGUUGAAGCAGUCUACUCCGCCCGUCGGACCGACAAACACUGUAUCUCAGGUCUUCUGGUCCAAUGACGAAAGCGUGCUCUUUGCCACGGUCAAAGGCGACCCGGAUAAGAACAACACCGGGUUCCUCUCGGCAUUUCCUACUCAAAAGUCCAUGUCCGCUACUGCACUAUCCCGGCAGGACGUGCGCAGCUCCCCAAAAGGCACCGCCGUCCUCUUUGGCUCUCUGCCAAUCCCCAAGACAUCCAACAUCUUUGCAACCGACGCCUCCUUUGGCGGGGCCAUCCUCUCUGUUGGCGCCAAUGGCCAGGGAUCGCUGGUGGCCGCACAGCCCAUUGACGGGCAAAAAGCCACCUGCUGGGUGACCAUUUCCCCGGUCCGGAAUACCGCCUUUGUGACGGACGUGGGGGUACCAAAGCUUGUAGAGAUGAGCCUCAAGGAUGCGAGCAUCGUGCAAACUGUGGACUUGUCGUCGACGGGGGCGACUGGGAUGAUUGACCUGAAGGCCGUGGGAAACUUUGUCUAUGUCCUGGCGCCGGGUGAUGGGAAGACAAACACGCAGAUACUGGUGAUGAAUGCCGGAGGUGGAGGCCAGAAGGCAGAGGCCAUUCAGCGUUUUGAUGCAGGAGCUUUGGGCGCCGGCGCCGUCUCUCAGGGAAUGGUCGUUAUGGAUUGA